AUGUUUUUGUUGAUGCACGCGCUGCAGACUACUCGGGUCACUGCUAGUUAUCGAUUAAUGUAGCGAAAUAAUCGCCUGGAAACUGUCGUUGAAACUCAUGUAUUGAAGAAAUAGACCUUUGUAACUUAAUUGUGGGUAACAAUGGUUGACUGGAGUCCGAUAGCGAAGGUGUACGACCCGCUGAAAGCUGGGAGCAUCGACGGCACGGACGUGGAGCCCCAUGACCGGGCGGUAUGGAGAGCUAUGGGUGCCCGCUAUAAGCCCAACAAAGGCGUUGUUGGAGAUCCACUGCUCACCCUGUUUGUGUACCGUCUGAACCCCCAAACAACAGAGGACAAACUGCACCAAGUGUUCUCCAAGUACGGAGACAUUCAGCGGCUCCGGCUGGUCCGGGACAUCGUCACAGGCUUCUCCAAAGGAUACGCCUUCAUUGAAUACAAGGAGGAGCGGUCUGUUGUCCGGGCACGCCGGGACGCCAACAAGCUGGUCGUUGACCAGCACGAAGUGGCUGUGGAUUUUGAACAAGAGAGGGCUCUCAAGGGAUGGGUCCCCCGGCGGCUAGGCGGCGGUCAGGGAGGGAAGAAAGAGUCCGGACAGCUGCGGUUCGGCGGCAGGGACAGGCCUUUCCGUAAACCCAUUAACCUCGGGGUCGGUUCCGUGCAGGAACGAGGAGGCGCUGGAGGAGGGAGGGAGUGGGAUAGACCAGGGGCGAGAGACAGGGAGGACCGGGACCGACACAGAGAGGCCGAUUGGGGCAGCAGAGGUAGGAGAGAUGACCGGGACAGAGCCAGGGAUAGGGAUGACCGCAGACAGGGAGACAGGAGCAGGCCUCGGGACAGAAGAUGAAGCCCAUAUUUACAAAACUGUAUUUACUCAAAAGUACUGAUCUUACCAUGUUCAAAGUAAGUCUGUUAAAGAAGUUUUGAUCCACAGUCUGCUCAAAUGGAGAAAUUUUAGGUGUGCACUAAAGGACAGUGGGACUGGUGAUUUGCACACAUGAGACUGGACAAUGAAAAGAAUAAGCAUUUCAAUUACAGAUGACUUUCUUGUGUUAUUAUAAGCAGCAAAAACAGUGUAAUAAUUCACCUGUUUGCACUGUACAUUACAAUGAUAGACUUAGUGUUUCACAAUUUUGAUGUUGUCCAGCAAGGAUAGCCUAAUGUGAAGUCUUAUCAGCAGUAAAUAACCAAGAAUUUAAAAGCAUAAUCUGCAACUAAAAGGGCAAAUUGGCAUUCUUUUUUUAUUAUACAUCUACAAAGUACCUGUAAAUCCAAUUGAAUCUGUUAACGCAUUUUCUCUUUAUAAGUAUGACGAUUCAGUUCCUGUUUUGAAAUCUGAGGUAAUGCUUAAUUCGGUGUUGAAAUCAAAGUUGAAACACUGUAAGAUUUCCUAAGGUGGGCAGUUUAACAAUGUAGUGCCUCUCUAUGUCAUACAUGUUUUUACUGAUGAAGAUUUUUGGAGCAUCAUACUUGGUAAAAAGCCACUGAUGAGGGUUUGUGCAACACUGACUAUACAAGAGGGAAGAAAACUAAAUAAACCAAAUAUCAUUUU